AUGGCGAUAGCCCACGUAGCCACCGAAUACGUUUUUUCCGACUUUCUGCUAAAGGACCCCACGGAGGCCAAGUUCAAAGGGGUGCGUCUGGAGCUGGCGGUGGACAAAAUAGUCACGUUUCUCGCGGUGGGGCUGCCUUUGUUUCUCAUCUCCCUCGCUUUUGCUCAGGAGGUGUCAGUGGGUACCCAGAUCAGCUGCUUUGCUCCCACUAACUUCUCUUGGAGGCAGGCUGCAUAUGUGGACUCGUUUUGUUGGGCAGCAGUACAGCAACAAGGGGACGACUCACAGCUAUGGCUGCACAAGUUCUUCCCAUACACCCUGCUCUCCCUGGCCAUCCUCCUGUACAUCCCGGUCCUGUUUUGGCGCUUCACAGCCGCCCCGCACCUCUCCUCCGACCUGAACUUCAUCAUGGAGGAGUUGGACCGCUUUUAUAACCGCUCCAUCAGACUUGCCAAGAAUAUAGCGUCCUUUGAUAGCAAAGGUUCGCCUGAGGACACACAGAGUGCUUUGGAUCUGACCGAGGGUUGCUUCAAAUACCCUUUAGUGGAGCAGUAUCUGAAGACCAAGCGCUUAUCUCGCUCUCUGGUGGUGAAGUACCUCUCAUGUCGGGGCCUGACUCUGCUCACCCUCCUGCUGGCCUGCAUCUUCCUCGGCUACUACAUCCGCCUGGCCUCUGUGACCGAUGAGUUCCCCUGCGACCUGCGUACAGGGGUGCUGAAGAACAACAGCAUGGUGCCGGCUGCGGUGCAGUGUAAGCUCGUAGCAGUAGGGGUCUUCAGGCUGCUCAGCUACAUCAACUUUGGAGUGUAUGUACUUCUCACUCCGCUGGUGGUGUAUGCUGCUAUUGGACCGGCUCGCCAGAGCUCCAACUUCCUCCGACCGUAUGAGCUGCUGCCGGGCUUCGGUGCUCUGGGCAUGGUGACGCCCUUCUACAACGACCUCAGCAUCUACCUGUUGUUCCUGGAGGAGAAUCUGAGCGAACUCAAGUCAUUUAAGUGUCUGCAGGUGCUUGAGUUGUUGCAAGAGGCCGGAGAAGAGGGCUUCGACACCAUGUGCCUGCUGCGCACUCUGGAUCAGGUGAAGACUGACGUGUUGGACAGUAAGAAGGCGUGCCCACUCAAGAAAAAGAAAGAAACUAAACAGGCAGAAGAAUGAUUCCUCUGAGAUCUUUCUGUCUUAUUCCUGAAUGGUUGACCUGAACAGGAUAACCCCUGCUCUGAAAAACUGAGAAAAAUGUGUGCACUUAGAGUUACCUGAAUUUCUGGUUCUGCAUUUAUCAAAACGGAGGACGCCUAUGGUCCCUGACAAAGUCUGUAUUAACUUGAC